GCUAUUCACGAUCAUGGUACUAUUGGCCAUUUCAUCUGUCUUUUCCCGCGCCUUUCGAAGUCUAUUCUGGGAUACUUGACGAGACAGUGAAAUAUGGAUCCAGCGAGACCCCUCGGUCCAAAGCAUGGCAGGUAGAUCCGGUCGUGCCGGAGAGGGCCUAUGAUGAUUGAUAAUGUGGUAAGCAGACAUCUUCCAGUGCUUCCAAGGGAAAGAUGCAAUCGCUGACCUCGCAAGGCACGAUUUGAAAGUGAUCAAGAUAUUACUCAGCAGAUGUCAUAGCCAGCAAGUUACAUUCGUGUUCGGAACAUUAUCAAGUCCCUGCAUCGUGAACCUCCGUGCCGCUGGUUCCUGACAGAAUGCCCGAGAUCGAGGAGACAUCAUGCGACAAUCGAUCGAUUCCACGAGGGGACCAAACAGCAAUAUAUCGCUUGCAACCCCAACCCAUUACCGCCCAACACAAAGCAUUACAAAACUUUAGCAAGCACCUUCCCAUGUGGCAUUGCAAUGUCAACAAGUACGGAACCGAGUGGACACUGCCUCUCUUUUGAAGACUCGGGCGCUGACGUACCUGCAAAACCGUCGAUCCCAACGACGUAUAGCAGGGGCGCUGACAAUCGGCUGGAUCCUUAGUCCGAUCGGAUCGGCAAUGUCCCCAGGAAAAGACGGCAAAGUUGCCGAGAGAUCGCAUGCAGCAGAACCCGGCAACUGGUUCUACAACGGGGGUGAUCUGCCGGCUUGGCACUUUAUGAAGACCACUUACACUGUAAUAAUUAUGCUGUUGGCUUUGGAUACACUCGUCACCAGCCGUGUGACGUCGACACUAGGUACAAUGUCUGUGCUGGUAUUGUUGACUUUUCGCAAUAUCGAAAUGCAAGAUGCCGAGAACAAGAGCCAUUCACAACUAUAAGAGCUGUUGGGUUGCCACAAACUGAUGCUGCUUUGUCCUACCUACUCAUCACUUCACAUUCAACAUCUCACUUCACCACCAUCAUCAAACCUUUCUCUCAAACAGAUAUCAGUCUGCCAACAUGCGUUUUUCCGCCAUCCUCUCCCUCCUCUCGGCCACCGCUGCCGUGGCCAACAACGCUGUUCCCGCCCUCUGGGACGGUAGCUGCUACUAUCCCGCCUCGGAUCCUGCCUUCAACGUCACCAGCUACCUCGGCCGCUGGUAUCAGGUCGCCGGCACCAUCGCUCCCUACACCCGCAACUGCAAGUGCAUCUUUGCCCAGUACGGCUUGAACGACAACGGCAGCAUCGCCGUCAACAACAGCUGCCAAGCCGGCACCCGCGCUGUCAACAUUGUCGGCGCUGCUUCUCCUGCUGAGCCUCAGUAUGGUGCCACUGGCGUGUUCCGCGUCCAGUUCCCCAACGAGAGACCUCCUGAUUGCCCCGGUCCCAACUACAUCGUCCAGGACUACACCGGCGAGUUCUCGCUCGUGCAGAGCAACAACUUUACCACCCUGUUCAUCUUGAGCAGGGAGCAGCAUCCGGAUGAGAAGGUUCUUGAUGCCUGGAUUGCCCGCGCUGGUCUCCUCGGAUCCGACCUUUCUCAGGUUGUCAAGACGGACCAGACUGACUGCCUCUAUACUUGA